AUGUUAUUUUUUGGAAGAGUUAUUUCUCAAGAAAAACAAGUUCGACUGACUGAAGUUAAUUUUGAAGUAGAGACUGUUGGUAACAAUGCUAAAGUUAAAUCCAUUCACUCAAUACUGAAUGAUUCUAAUGAUGAUUGUAAUGUUAGUAUCACUAUGACAUUGGAUGAUGAAUCAGCUGUUACUGGAUAUUCAUUCAAAACAGCUAAUGGAGAUUUUGAGUCAGAACUAAAAGAAAAAGAACAAGCUAAAAUUGAACAAAGUGAUGCAACAACAAAUGGAUAUAGUUCAGCUGUAAUGGAACAAGUUGAUGAUACAACAUUCAGUAUUACACUUGGACUAAUCAAUAAACAUAGUGAAGUAACAUUUAGUAUUGAAUAUCUUACACAUAUGGAGAUUCAAGAUGACGAGUUAGUAAUGAAGAUUCCUAACUUGAUUGAGUCAGAUGAAAAACAACAAAUCCCAUAUUCAAUCAAAGUUACAGGAAGUUCAACAUUCAGUUUUAAAGGGGUAUUAAGUGGAGAAGAGGAAGUUAAUAUUCCAUUAAAUGGGGAUUUAAUACUUGGAAUGAAAGACGAAGAUACAGAUGAAGUUGUCAUUUCAUCCACAUUCAUCAAUAAAGAAAAAGAAGGAAAUAUUAAUAUUGUCUUCAUUUGUGAUAGAAGUGGAAGUAUGUAUGGAGAAGGAAUCAAAGCAUUAAGAAAUAUGUUACAAUUAUUCUUAAGACAAUUACCACUAAACUCCAAAUUUCAGAUUAUUUCAUUUGGAAGUACAUAUGACUUUAUGUUUAAAGAAAUGACAGAAUAUAAUGAAGAUACAUUAAAGUUUGCAUCAGAAACUGUUUCACAAUUUGAAGCAAAUUAUGGAGGAACAAAUAUGCAUGCACCAUUGAAAGCAUUGAUUGACAAUAAUACGGAGAAGUGUCAUAUAAUUUUAUUAACUGAUGGAUAUGUCAAUAAUAAGACAAGUACAAUUGAAUACAUUAGAACCCUUUCAAAAAAGAAUUCAUUACAUGGAGUUGGAUUAGGAAGAAGUUGUGAUGUAGAAUUAAUUAGAAAUAUAGGUCGAAUUGGUAAUGGAAUUUCAGCCAUUUCUAAAAACCCAAAUGUAUUGAAGAAAGAAGUUUCAAAAAUCACUGAGCGUAUUCUCAUUCCAUCUAUUAAUGAAUGUACAGUUGAAUGGAAUAUUAAAGGAGAGAUAACACCAAAAGAAAUUAGUAAUUUCUAUGGAAUGACAACAUGUUAUAUUCAAUGCAACGAAGAAAUUAAAGAAGGACAAAAUAUCGAAAGUGAAAUAAAAGGAAGAUGUGGAGAAAAAGAAGUCACAUACAAGAAUACAAAAAGCAUUAACAUAACCAAAGGAAUUAUUGUUCAUCAAUUAAUGGCACUUAAUCAAAUUAGAAAAUUAGAAAGUGAAAACAAAAAAGAAGAAGCAAAAAAAUUAUCAAUGAAAUAUCAUGUUCUUUGUAAAGAAACAGCAUUUAUUGCUGUUGACAAAACAACCAAAAAAGAAGUUGACUUUAUCAAGAAUAUUAACUUAAAUGAGAUGUGCCAUAACCAGAACCUUCUUCAUCCAGUCUCAGCUUAUUCUAAUUUUGGACUUAAUGUCAUGGAAGAUGUUGAUUUAGAAAUUUCAGAUAUGGAUUAUGAGGAAGAAUGUGAAAGUUGUUAUGAUUUUUUAGAUAUAGAUUAUUAUAAUGAUGAUUUAAUCCCUACAAAUAUGACAAACACCCAGCCAGUACAAUCAAUGAUGAAUUUAACAUCAGAUGGUAAAUGUUCAAAUCCGGGUAGUGAAGAAAAAAAAGAAUUUUUCCAAGAUACUAUUGAUAAAGAAGUAAAGUUUGAAAAAAUUAUUGAGUGUCAAAAAGCAAAUGGGGAGUUUGUUGGUGUAGAAGAAAUAAUUAAAGAAAUUAUUACGAUUCAAAUCAAUGGUAUUGACAAUGAUGUUAUUCAAACAUUUUUUGUUAUUCAUUUAUUAAAAGAAAGGUUCUCUGAAAAUAAAGUUGAAUGGAAAUUAGUUGUUAAAAAAGCAGAAAAUUGGUUAGCAAGUAAACCAGCUAUUUCUGAAGAGAUUAAGAAUAGAAUAAUCUCAUUAGUUAAAUUAAUAAAACUCUAA